AUGAACUCAAUUCUAAUGCUGCUAAAAGAAACUAGUCUAACCACGCCACGGGUGUUUGGUGGCAGUUUGAAAUUCGCUAUUGUUGCCUUGGCCCUUUUGGGUGUUGCUGCCGCCGAUGUCAGCCAUUUGAAUAACGAAUACCUGCCACCUCAUAUGGCUGCUUUGGCCCACAAACAUGUUGAAUAUGCUGAACAAAGUCAGGAAAUCCCUAAACUCACCACAGUUCACCAUGUCACUGAAACCAAAUAUGUCAAUAAACCAAUUCAAGUUCAAAAAGUGAAGCAAGUUUCAGUCUCUGUACACAACGAAGUUAAAGUACCUGAACAACAGGAACAUCACCAACAAUACUAUACCGGUUUGGUCUACAAACCCGAACAGGAAGAAGCCACCUCCACCACUGUCGUUGAAGAAACUCACCAAGAAGAACCCCAACAACAGUAUUACACCGGUUUGGUCCACAAACCCGAAGAGGAAGAAGCUACCUCCACCACUGUCGUUGAAGAAACUCACCAAGAAGAACCCCAACAACAAUAUUACACCGGUUUGGUCUAUAAACCCGAACAUGUAACAGUCACCCCUGUUGAUGAAGAAACCCACCAACAGGAAGCUGAACAACAAUACUAUACCGGAUUGGUCUACAAACCCGAACAGGAAGAAGUUACCUCCAACAGUGUUGUCGAAGAAGUCCAACAAGAACCCGAAGUUGAACAACAACAAUACUAUACAGGUGCUAUUGUAAAUGAAGCUGUUCACGAAUCGGAACAUCAACAAGAAGAAGCCGCUGUUAUUCCUGAACCAGUUGCUCCCGUUGUUCCCGGUUCUGAUGAUUUCACCCAACAACAAGCUACUUACUACACCACUAUCAGCCAGAAGCAAGAAGUUGCCCAAGCUCAAGUUGUUCCCGUUUCUGAUUACUUCACUCAACAACAAGCUGCCUACCACACCUCGGUGGGACACAAAGGUGCCAGCGUGAGUGUAGGUGCUUCCACCAUCAGCCAAAAACAAAAAGUUGCCCAAGCUCAAGUUGUUCCCGGUUCUGGUUAUUUCACUCAACAACAAGCUGCCUACCACACCUCGGUGGGACACAAAGGUGCCAGCGUGAGUGCAAGUGCUUCCAGCGGUAUUGAUACUCAAUACGGUUCCAAUGGAGGCUAUAUUUAUUAG